UGUUUAUUGUGUGAAAGAAAAACAAGGAUGAGCGGUUCAAACAAAAUGUUUGGCGAUAAAGCCUUUGAUUUACUGAAGGAUCUAAAACGCUCAGCUCAGACAAUUCCGGCCUUUGACGAUGACGGCGUGCGACAGGUGCUGGAGGAGAUUAAGGCUAUUUUUGAGGAGAAUGUGGCACAGGCGUCCAGUUACAACAGUUCCGGCGAUCGGAGUCUAUGGCCGCUAUUAAACUAUAGACACGCAGCCUUACAACGAAACAAACGAUGUCUGCUGGCCUAUUUAUAUGAGCGCAUGCAACGCAUCAAAGCACUGCGAUGGGAAUUCGGACCCAUUAUUCCCGGCGACAUUAAACAGGCAUUAUGUGAGCCAGAAGUGCAAUUUUUCAACAACUAUUCAAAGUCUUUGGCGGCAUACAUGCGUUCCGUGGGCGAUGGCCAAGGCAUUGAUCUGACUGGCAACUUGCGACCACCCAAAUCUCUCUAUAUCGAAGUGCGUUGCGUUGAGGAUUACGGCAAAUUCGAGUUGGAUGACGGCGAAGUUGUGCAUUUGAAGAAGAAUAGUCAACACUACCUACCGCGAGCUCAGGUGGAAACACUAGUGCGUCAGGGCAUAUUACAGCACAUUGCUUAAGGUGUGAAUUAAAAUAAGAUUAAAAUAAAUAGCACAUACGUAAAACAACAAA